AAUUUCUGUCUUUCGCUCAGCUCUAUAUAUCGCUCCGGCCGAUUCGCCUAAAAAGUUUUUAAAAUGGGUAUAAAUGUAGUGAAGAGUUUGUUUAUUGUUUGUAUAAGUAUACUAUCAGGGAAAUUAUCAUGUUAUGAAAAUGAACUGACGUUCGAAAUUAUGCCUGUUAAACGUGAUUGCUUUUACCAUCGAAUUAAAACUGGUCAAAGGUUCACUGCGGAAUAUCAGGUUAUCGAAGGAGGAAAUCACGACAUUUCUUUUAACGCACAAGAUACUGAAGGUCAAGAUUUAGUAGCCGAUUAUCAAGAGCAAAGAAAUAGGCAUGAUUUACAUGCAGCUGCCGAGGGCGUUUACUCAUUUUGCUUCGAUAAUACAUUCAGCCAAUUUUCCGCCAAAAAAGUCUUUUUUCAAUUAAUCAUUGAAGAAGCAGAAGAAAGACUUGAUUUUGAACGAGAAAAGACUGGAAGUGAAGACGAAACAGACGAAUCCGUUUUCGGAAUUAGUCAAAAGAAUUUUAAAAAAAUAACUGAAGAUAUUAGAAAAAAUUUGGAGAAGAGUAUACAAAUUCAAAGUGAUAUUAAAAUAGGUGAAGCUAGGGAUAGAAGUCAGCAGGAAGAGAACUUCGAAGUAGUAAAUUUUUGGUCAAGCAUUCAUCUUUUCGUCGUGGUAUCUGUAUCUUUAACAACGCUUUUAUUAAUUCGUGGUCUCUUUUUGGAUAAAAAAACAGCUGUCUUCCACGUUGGAUUUCGUCAAACAAAUUUGAAGGUCAGAGAACAGUAUGGGAAGGUUCAUGUUGAAAUUGGACCUACCAAUGGUAUUAUGACAGAGAAUACUUGGUACGAAUGUCAAAUUUUUGAAAGUGGAGGCAGUGCUACCUGUGGGGAAGAUUACAAGCUAGAAGAAGAGUCUAAAUUUCGUAUCACGUCAACAAAUCCCAUAGCUGUGUAUGGAGUAACUAUUCUGGAUGAUAAAGAGCACGAAGUUGAUGAAUUAAUUUCGCUUCAUUUGAAAUGCUACGAAAAAGGUGAGGGAGGCGGUCACGGGACAAAAGGAGCUUUUAUGGUCUCACCUUGCACUACUAAAAUCAGUAUCGUUGAUAACGAUCACGAAGAUCAUGAUACCGAUUCAACAACCCAUAUAAUUCAGUCGAUAGGCCUUGGUUCUUUACAGCGAAAAGUCUGUUAUGAGAUAGCUGCAGUUCCCUGGGAUAUAGUUGAAAUAUAUCACGACUCUCGAACAGCUUUUAGCGUUAGCAUUACAGUAUCCGAUAAGAAGUGUGUCUCAGAGCUAAAUCUCAAAACACCUUUUAGUAACACAACUGUUACCGGAUCAAAGGUACGUCUGAACGAUGAAGAAGUUGUAGCGAAUUGGAUUGGAACAGAAGAAUAUGCCUACUUGACUGAAGCGUCAAUUGGUUUUCAAUUUACAAUAGUCGGGGCAACGCUAUUCAUUCGUCAGACAACUCCUAUUCGUACAAUCUUAGCAGAGGCUGUUAGAAGCGAAGACGGAUUGUGUUUAGAUGUUCGUUUGAGAAAUAUUGAAACUGAUGGACUGUUUGAUCCAUUUAUAUCUGGAGUAUUUGGACACGUAGCAAGAUCUCGAAUGGAAUUCAUAACUGACAAAGUCGUAAGAAUCAAUGAUAAAACUAGUGACACCCAUAAGCACGGAGACUGUUGGAGCAUUGGCUAUCAUGAUCUCAUAUUUCCAUAUAAAACAGUGGAUUUUCGCGGACGCUCUGAUUAA